AAUGCCGCAUUUCUCGGCAAGUUUACGCGUGUAAGCCCGGGGACCCUUAUCCUGGGGCAACCGCCCCGCAUUAGUCUGGGUGGCUGCUGCGGGGCUUACGGCACGCUCCGAUGGCGACCGAUUACGCCAUUCUUAGACGACUUCGAUAAUAGCAUUGGGAACCUUAGGAUAUCAGGUCAUGUAGCUUAG